AUGUCCAACGUUCCUGAGACCGAGGGCGUGCCCAAGGCCGCCUCCACGCACAAGGAGGACAUUGAGCGCAAGGCCUCUGUUGCUGAGGAUGUGUCCAAGGGUGAUCAGACACAGUACCACAAGAUCGACAAGGAGCUGGCCAAAUAUGCUGGAGGCGAGGCCAUCCACAUCUCCCCUGAGGAGAGCACGCGUCUGCGCAAAAUGAUUGACAAGCGUGUGCUGCUGGUCAUGAUCAUGACGUACUUCUUGCAGGCUAUCGACAAGGGAACUUUGUCGUUUGCUUCCAUCAUGAACAUGCCUGCGGAUGUAGGAAUGGCUCUUCCUGAUGGAAAGCCUGGUCCCCACUGGCCCUGGCUCACAACCUGUGUGUACAUCGGUAUCCUCUUCGUCGAAUACCCCCAGAACUACAUCAUCGCUCGAGUCCCCGUAGCCAAGUACCUCUCCUUCAGCAUCGUCGCCUGGUCCAUCGUCCUCGGCUGCCACGCCGCCACGAGCAGCAUGGCCGGCCUCAUCACGGUCCGCACCCUCCUCGGUAUCUUCGAGUCCGCCUGCCAACCCGCCUUCGUCGUCCUCUCAGGAAUGUGGUACCGCCGCGAAGAACAGGCCUCCCGCGUGACAUACUGGUACAUGAUGAACGGCGCCCAGCAGAUCGUCGGCGGUCUCCUUGCCUACUGCUUCACGCUGAUCAGCUCUGGACCUCUGAAGAACUGGCAGUGGCUGUUCCUGUCUUAUGCCAUUGUUUCCCUCAUCUUUGGCAUUUUCGUCGGUUGGUGGAUGCCCGAUUCUCCUAUGCGAGCCAAGUGCUUCAGCGAGGAGGAUAAGCGUCUGAUGAUCGAGCGUGUGCGAGAUAACCAGACCGGUAUCCAGAACAAGACCUUCAAGAAGGAGCAGGCCAUCGAGGCUCUCAAGGAUCCUCAGACCUGGUGCUAUGCUGGUAUCCAGUUCUGUACCACUUUCCCCACCAGUGGACUCGGUGCCUUUGCCAACGUUAUCAUCAAGGGGGCGUUCAACUUUUCUACCCUUCAGACCCAGCUCCUUGCCAUGGUUCUUGGUUUCUACAUCAUCAUUGUUCUGCUUGGUUCCGUUUGGCUCGUCAAGAAGUUCAACCAGAACAUUUACAUCAUGCUGGGCUUUGUCGUGCCUUCUUUCAUCGGCACAAUCCUGAUUAUGACUGUUCCGAACAAGAACUUUAGUACCUCUGUUGGUCUCCUCAUCUGCUACUACAUCACCCUCUCUUUCUGGUCCGCCCAGACCCUGGGUCUGAGCAUGAUGUCCCGUAACGUCGCUGGCCAGACUAAGAAGACCUUUGUCAUUGCCAACAACUUCAUCUGGUGGAGUGCUGGCAACGCCGCUGGUAGCCAGGUCUUCCUCGCCAGGGAAGCCCCCAAGUACCACACUGCUUUCGCCACCCACCUCGGCUGCUACUCCGCCCUCGUCAUCAUCCUCAUCUUCUUCCGCUGGCACCUCAGCCGCGAGAACAAGCGACGCGACGAGAUGGCCGCCGCCGGUGUCCGUGAAGCUGCUGACGAUCGCAUGGUUCACGCCUUUGAGGAUCUGACUGACAAGGAGAACCCCAACUUCCGUUAUGUUCUGUAA